CAGUGAAUUUUAACAACUCCCUCCCCCCACUGACGACAAGUUGCUCCUCUCUGGGACAGCGUGCUGUCAGUCGGUGUCUGUGCCUCUCAGGAUGAAGUAUUCCCCUGGGCCUGAGGCAGUGACAGCCCGAGGAUGCCAUGGGAAACUAACUAAUACCCAGGACCACUCCCCGGUAACGGUCAGACCCCUCCACGCUGCACGGUGACCAGCAGCCGUCUCCAGGAAGGAUCCUGCAUUUCUGGGUCGGGUGUGGAAGUGACUGUGGAGGAUGGUGACCAUUAAGGUGAUGUUGCUAGGCAACGAGCUAGUGGGCAAGACCUCGCUGAUCGUGUGUCUCACCAGCAGAGCCUUCCCUCAGGACAGUGUGCCAACCGUCUUUGACGCCGUCACCACCCAGAUCACGGUGGACCAGCGGAUGGUCACUCUGAACUUGUGGGACACAGCUCCCCAAGAGGAGCAUCUGCUGUCCAUUCGCCAGUUCUACUAUCCACAGACUGACAUCUUCAUCAUCUGUUUCUCCAUCGGGGACCCGGGCUCCUACCACGAUAUCUGGAAUGACUGGUACCCAGAGGUUAAACGCCAUCGACCCAACGUGCCCGUGUUACUGGUUGGCACCAAGAAAGAUCUCCGCCAUGAUUCCAGCACCAUCCUGAACCUCCUCAAACGUGAACUGGCACCAAUCAGUUACCAACAAGGGGCCAGGCUUGCCCGUAAGAUCAAGGCGGUGAAGUACGUGGAGUGCUCGGCGUUGCUGUGUGAUGGUGUCCUCGAGGUGUUUGAGGAGGCAGCACGGACAGUUCUCCAUCGGAGCCAUCGGAAGCAGACCAGGAGCUGUGUGCUGACCUGACAGGGACAACCAGCAGCAUGGGUCACCCACCCCUUCCCCCUCACUCCCUCUCCCAAUCUCCCUCCCUCAACCCCUCACUCUCUUUCCUUUACCCUCUCACUUGCCUCUCUCUCUUCCUUUCUCACUUUUUUGUUUUCUAUCACUUCCACUCUCUCCCUUUCUCAUUUUUUCCCUUGUUAACUCUCUCUGUCGUUCUGGUUCUCUCCCUUAUCCUUCUCCCUCUCCCUCUCUUCCUCAUUCUCCCUCUCUCUCACAUUCUCUCCCUCACUCUCCCUCUCUCAUUCCAUCCCUUGUUCUCACUCUCUCUGUCGUUCUUGCUCUCGCGGUUAUCCUUCUCUCUCUCCCUCUCUCUAGUUGCACUAAACCCGUUGCCGUGGGAACACCGUACAGAAUCCAUCGUGCCAAAUGUUGUUGUGCAUCCUUGUGUCCCGGGACCUCCCUCGAGUUCACAUCCCUCAGAUUAGGGAUGGGGCAAUAACCAGCCAGUGACGCCCCCAUCCUGUGAACAACAUUUGCCCAAAGGCUCCAGAAUGUCCAUUAACUAACUAGGCCGGACUGUCCUCCUCUCUCUGGCCCAUUGUAUAUAGACAUCCUCGACCUUGGAUCUGGUCAAAGGUCAGAGGGUGUGAGAGGCUCCUGGGCCCUUAGUGUUAGCUCAGGAACCUGUCACCCCCCAACAUCCCCUUCCCCCAGGAAUGGUCUCCUCGAAUUUCCUGAAUGAACACCUCCAUUAAUCUCUCGAUGGCAGGAGCCAGGGAGGGAAUUCACCGAGAAAUUAAGAAAUAGUCUUCCUUGCGAAUUAUAACAUUUUUUUUUUACAAAUUGGGGCUUGUUGGGAAGUCAGGAACGAGCUCAUCAUUAGCUUUAAUAUUCAGGACAGAAGCAAUAGGAGCAGGAAUUGGCCGUCUCCCUCAGCUCCACUUUCCUGCACCAGCCCACCUCCCCCCUCAAGGGUUCAGAAUAUCGACUCAUCUCUAGUCUCCAGUAUAUUGAGCUUCUACACCCCUCUGGGCUCGGGAGAGACAAAGAUCCCCCUCCCCCCCCCCCCCCCCGUGAAUGCAGUAAUAUCCAUCCACCUCAGUCUGAGGGACCUGGACUGUCAUCUGUCGGCGGGUUCCUUGCUUCAAUCGAUUCAGUGUUGAUCCUGACCAGCUCUGUCAGAUUCACUGCUCAUUCCCUUGUUUCCUUCAGCGAAGGAAUUCUGGGCUUUCCCCAAAACCAGAAGCAGUUCCUUCUCUCUCUCUCUCUCUCUCUCUCUGAGGUGAAUCCUUGGAGCUCUCUCCCUGGAAACGGUUGGUUGCAGAGUCUCUGGAGGGUGUUGAGGGCAGGCGGGCGGAGAUACUGGAUGGCUGAGAGGAUGAAAGGUUAUUCAGUGAGAAUGUGGAUGAUCUUGUUGAAUGAUGGGGCAGGCUCGAUGGGAACGUCACUCUGUGGUGCGUGAUAUCACUUAAAAAAAAAGAACAGGCCAAUGGGGUCCUUGUGGUACCAUGAUAGCAUCCCUCCUUCUGAGGCAGCGGGGUGUAAUAAUAUCGCCGAACAGGUUGGAGGAAUGGCCUGGAGUCUCCCCACAGCUGGAGCAGACACAGUUCCUGUGAAAUCCCUGGAGAAUUGGAAAAUGUCUGGGGUCCUGCUGGGGAUGGGCAUUCACUGGAGACCUCUGUCCACAACAUGGAAGGAGUGGGAUAGUCAAAUAAUGUGACCAAUCAGCACCUCACCACUUCCUCCAUCAGCCAAUUAUAUAUCUCUCUCAACCAAAACUAACUUGGAACCAGGCAAUGAUUUUGGAGCUGGAAGGUUCAUUUCCAGACGAUUCGUCACCCUGCUCGGUAACAUUACCACUGGGGGUGACGAAACGUCAGGAAAUGCACCUUCCAGCUCAGCGCAAACCCAUAUCCUAAACCUCAACCUGAGCUACAAACCUUCUCAAAACUUGCCAAGACCAGCCAAUGAUGAUCUGUGAUUGGCUGGAGAGCUCAGAGGGGUGCACUCUGACUGGCUGGGGAGCUCAAAGUGUGCGCUCUGAUUGGAUGAAUUGGUGAACAGCUAUAAUUCAAAUGGAGUGUUGUAAUUGGUUGAUGUCCUGAAGCACUAUGUUGUGAUUGGAUGAUUUGAUUCAUGGGGUUAGGAGGGAAAUUGGCUGGGCCUCAUUGAAGGACAUUUUAGAAUCUGAAAUAAAUUGAAGAACUGCCAAUGUUGGAGAUCUGAAACAAAUAAUGUCCUUUUGGAACGGAAAUCAGCCAUUCUUAGCCAGUCUGGCCUACAUGUGACUCCAGACCCACAGCAAUAUGGAUGACUGUUAACAAUUAGGGAUGGGUCAUAAAUGCUGCCUAACCAGAGACCCACAUCCUGCGAAUCAAUAAAACAGAACAGAAAUAGCUGGAGAAACUCAGCAGGCCUGGCACUCCCUGUGGAGAGAGGAACAGAGGUAAUGUUUGAAUCUAGCAAAGAGGCUUGAAGGCCUGAACUGUUCUGAAGAAUCAGAUUUGAAACGUUAACCGUGUUUCUCUCCACUGCCAGCACCGCCGAGUUUCCCCAGCAAAUUCUACAAUCGGACUCAGGAGUAAUAUUUUCCGAUGGCUGUGAGGAGCAUGGAGAGGGAAUUCACCCCUCACUGUGACAACAACAACUUAUGAAAUCAUGUUACUGUAUCCAAAUAGAAUGCCUUGAGGGAAAUGAUCAAGGAAAUUCAAUACGCUGUGGCUGAAUGACUUUAUUAAACAUGGUUUGUACCUGCA